AUGUAUCUCAAAUACAUCGAGUUAUCAUCUGAGAAUCUCGAGUUUUAUAUCUGGUUCAAGAACUAUGAAGAGUCCUACCACAAAGGGUUCGCUGCCCGUUACCACAAGGACUCUCAUGAUCUGGUCAAGACAGCAUCGGAAAGCGGAAGCGUAUCAUCGUCUGUGUUCAAGAAGAGCCAUUAUCAACCCAGCGAUGGCGAGGGAGACGGGGACUUGGAGCCGGCCACAACAGCGGGAGAAACCCUCCAUCGUAUCUCGAUGCUAAUCACCGCUUCUGCCCCAUGCACCAGCAGCGUCGCCCACCCAUCCUACCGCCCACGUGGUCCCUGUGCCCCAUCAUCCAACGCCAUAUUCCCGACAGCAACCUUCUUCAACAACUUUAACAACAGCCAAACCGCCGUCCUCGCGAGCGACCCGACCCCCGACCCCGCCGACCCGGCCAACAAGUCCACCACCCUCGGCCUUCUCGCCCCUCAACCCGGUCCCAUCCCGCCUUCCGAAAUCCAAACCAUCAUCACUCUCUUUCUCCUGCCAUCGUCGUCAAAAGAACUCAACAUACCCAUGUCCCUCCGUCGCUCCGCGCUCGACGGAUUGGCUGCUACUCCCCAGGGCACGCUACCGGACCCGAACAUCCUCAGACCGAUCGCCGAUCACGUCUACUAUUUGCUACGCUCGUGUUCGCACCGCAAUUUUGUCAGGUUGGGGAGGUGCAAGGAGCAGGUGGGAGAGUUUCGACGGGUUUGGGUUCUGGAUGGUGGGGAUGAGUUUGGUGUUAUGCGGGCUGAGGGGCAGUUGUUUCUUUCUGUUGCUGUUCUCAAGGAGGCAGAGGUUGCCGUGGGAGAGAUUGAAUGA